AUGGAGGGAUUUGAAAUUGCGGCUGAGAAUUUUUACAUCGAGGCGUUGAGAUCUAAAUAUGGAUCCUGCAUUAUCUCCGGAGACCCUCACUAUAUAACCUUCGAUAGCAGGAAGUUUACUUUCCUGGGGACCUGUACCUACACCCUUGCCAGGAACUGUCGGAAUAAGACAGGACCUUGGUUCAGCAUCGAAGGGAAGAAUGAGGAGAGGAGCUUACCUGGAGCUACUUACCUGAGAAAAAUUUACCUCACCAUCGACAAUAUCAUCAUCACUCUGAUGAAAAACCGGAGAAUUCUGCUAAACCAAACAAGGGUUCGGCUGCCCAAGACUGUGGGGAGAGCCCAGCUCUCUCAGUCCGGCCAUUAUGUCGUGGUCCAGACAGAUUUUGGCUUGCAAGUACAAUACGACGGGAAUCACUUUGUGAAGAUAAUUGUAUCCAGCUCCUACAGCGGACAGAUGUGUGGGCUCUGUGGCGACUUUAACGGGAAUGACGCCGACGACUACCGGAGUCCAGAUGGGGCCUUAUUGACGAACAGCACAAUGUUCGGAGACAGUUGGAAGACAAAGGAUGAUGAGGAUGAGAGGAAACCGGGGCCUCGGUUUAAGGUCUCGUCCAAAAGACGCCACCUCCCCACCCCAGCCUGCCCCGCCCAGCCCCACGACAGAAAGGGUGCGCUCAAGCCCAUCCUAUUCGUUCCUGUUUGCCGAAUCGCGGGAUUGUCCCCUGGUGGAGCCUUCAGCCUUCAGAGGAAUGCAAAGACCCACAGCGUCAUGUGUCUAUAUUUCAGAUGUAGGACUAUUAACCCGAGUCCAUGCGAGAAGGAUGUCUUCGACAAGGCGAAUGAACAGUGCAGCCUCAUCACUGACCCCACGGGACCGUUCAGGGACUGCGUCGAGGUGGUGGACCCCCUGCCCUACUUCAACAACUGCGUCUACGACAUGUGCCGGUUCCCGGACUACCAGCCCACCCUGUGUGACCAGCUGCAGGCCUACACCGAGGCCUGUCAAUCCGCCAAGGCCACCGUCCACAACUGGAGGACCCCGGACUUCUGCACUCCACCAUGCCAGGCACACUCCCACUACAACCUGUGUGCCAACCUGUGCCCCAACACCUGCGCCCAGCCCAACCCCUCCAACUGUUCAACUAAGUGCAUUGAGGGAUGUGACUGUGACCCUGGAUAUGUUCUCAGUGACAGAAAGUGCGUUCCCCUCUCCGACUGUGGGUGCUCUGACCUGCAGGGUGACUAUCACAUGAUCAAUGAGUCCUGGUACCUCCCAGGGUGCAAGGAGAAAUGUACCUGCGUCAGUCCAAAGCUGACCAAGUGCCGGAAGACGGACUGCUCACCGUUGGAGAUAUGCGCCCUCUUGGAUGGCGUCUACGGCUGCCACCCCAAAGGUAAGGUUUCCCUUUCCGCCUCCGGAGACCCCCACUACAAGACGUUCGACAGACUGUCCUACGACUUCAUGGGGAACUGCACCUACACCUUCACCAAGCUCUGCCAGCCCUCCUCCUCCUCCUCCAGCCUGCCCAGCUUCAACGUGGAGACCAGCAACGAGCACCGAGGCAGGAACACGCGGGUCUCCUACGUCAGGGCUGUCCACGUCGAUGUCUACGGGCACCGCGUCACCCUGCUGAAGAGCCGGAGGGUCAUCCUGGACGGGCGACGGGUCAACCUUCCCGCCUUCGUGGAGGACAAGCUGGAGAUACGGGUCAGCGGCGGCUUUGUGGCGCUGGAGACGGACUUCGGCCUGAGGGUGCGCUACGACGGGAACCAUCACGUGGACGUCACUGUCCCGUCUUCCUACGCGGGACAGCUCUGCGGACUCUGCGGAAACUACAACGGAAUCAGCUCCGACGAUGACCUCAAGCCCGAUGGUGAUGAUGCCGACAGCUUUAAGGAGCUCGGAGCGAGUUGGCUGGUGCCAGGCACCGACACUCAGAGGACGAUCCCGGCUUCUCCAGUCUCCCCCGACGGAACCGACAGGCGGGACUUCCUGCUCUGGAGACCGGGGGUGGGGUGGGGGGGGUGGGGAGCGGGCGUGAUUCUCCGCCGGGUGCCGGGGCCAACAGGAAGUCACCUCACGGGGGGUCCAAGGUCACGGCCGCCAUGUUUAAGGGGCACCCAGCCGGACGUUCACUCGACACAGGCCUGGGGCUCCUCCUACUCCGCCGGAGCCCCCAGCGCCCUAGAGGAGGAGACGUGGGCAACCCCACCCCCCACCAACCCCGGGGCACCCUCCGCCCGCCUCCCUGGUCCAGCCUUGGCACCGCCAAUGGCUCUCGAUACGAGUAAAGUCACCCGAGACCCCACGACAAAGAAGGGGAAAAUAACAACUGUGGACCUCAAGGCCGUGGGAGAGGUGCAGCUCGCCCCCUAUAUACAGUGCACCCACGAAGACCCACCCUCGGACUGUCACAAGGACAAAUUUGAGGAGCCUUGGAGCUGUGGAAUUAUCAAGGACCCGAAAGGUCCGUUCCAUGAAUGCAACAAGCUCAUUCCUCCAGAGCACUCCUUCGAGGACUGCGUAUACGAUCUCUCCUGUGGACCGAGCGAAGAAAUGGCAUCGCUCUGCUUUGCGCUGGAGUUCUACGCGACCCUCUGCGCCCAGGCCGGAGUUCCCGUGACCUGGAGAAACAAGACCUUCUGCCCUCUGAACUGUCCGUCCGGCAGUCACUAUGAGCCGUGCGGCACUGCUUGCCCGGCCUCCUGUACCGACCUCUCGGCUCCCAACGACUGCAGCCAGCCCUGCGUCGAGGGCUGCGUCUGUGACCAAGGCCACGUGCUGAGCGGCGACCAGUGCGUCCCCUUCAGCCAGUGCGGCUGCGUGGACCAGGAGAGGAACUACCGGCCGCUGGGAGAGUCCUGGAUCAGCAAAGGGGACUGCACGGAACGCUGUACCUGCGCCACUCCCAACAACAUCACCUGUGAACGCUGGGAGUGUGGCCUCCUGGAGAAAUGCAGCAUCCUGGACGGAGUUCUGGACUGUCACACAUCAGGUUUCACCUCAUGUCAUGUCGCUGGGGACCCGCACUACUACACCUUCGACCACGCCAUGCAUACCUUCAUGGGCACCUGCACCUACACCCUGGUCACCGUCUGCAACGCCACCAUGGUCACCCCGUUCACGGUCAGCGCCAAGAACGAGGAGCGUGGCCUGCCCCACGCCUCCUACCUCAACCAGGUCCACAUCGACGUCCAAGGGCUGCGCAUCACCAUGCAGAAAAGCCGGAGGCUCCUGCUGGACAGGAAGAGGAUCAGGGUUCCCUUUGAGGACAACAUGAAGGGGGUCAACAUCUACUCCAGCGGCAUCUACAACGUCCUGGAGACCAAGUUCGGGCUGAUGGUCAGGUUCGAUGGCAACCAGCACCUGGAGAUUAAACUGCCGAACACAUACUUUGGAAAGGUGUGCGGCAUGUGCGGUAACUUUAACAACAACGGCGCUGACGAACGCCUGAUGCCUGAUGGACGCCUGGCAAGAAACGUCACCCAGUUCGGAAACAGCUGGCAAGUCGUAGACGACAAGGACCCCCGCUGCCAGUCCGAUGACCGGGAGGACCUGCGCCCGAUGUGUACAGCCGAUGAAGAGGCGGUGCGGAGAGCCCAGUGCCAGGAGCUGUUGUCGGCCAAGUACCAGCGAUGCCGCGGCGUGAUCGAGCCAGCGCCGUUCAUCGAGAGCUGCGUCUACGACCUCUGCAUGUACGCCGGCAUGCACUCCACACUCUGCGACAACAUCCAGUCCUACGUCGAGGCCUGCAAGAGCGAGGGCGUGGACCUCAGGUGGAGGAACAGCACCUUCUGUCCUCUGCCCUGCCAAAAGGACAGCCACUACACAGAAUGCGCCUCAGCCUGCCCGGCAACCUGCUUGGACAUCUACGCGCCCUCGACCUGCGAGAGCAGCCGGCCCUGUGUGGAAGGCUGCGAGUGCAACAGCGGCUUCGUGCUGAGUGACGACCGGUGCGUUCAGUUGGCAGACUGCGGCUGUGUCGACUACAAGGGUGACUACCACAAGUCCGGGGACAGCUGGCUGAAUGAGCACUGCGACACAAAGUGUACCUGCACUAAAGGGAACCUGCGCUGCAGGAAGCACGAGUGUAAUGAGAAUUCAGUCUGCACGCUGAGGAAAAAUGGAAAUUACAGGUGCAAGCCUGUCGCGUUCGAGACUUGCCUGAUCUCGGGGGACCCUCACUAUCUGACCUUUGACGGCUUGGCCCACCACUUCCAGGGCAAGGGCAGGUAUACGCUGGCCACCACCUACAAACCCUCCGAGACCCUGCAGCCGUUCAACCUCGAAGGCAAGAACCAAGUGGAAAAAGGCAACAAAAAGAUCUCCUACUUGUCCGCCGUCUACAUCGAUGUUUACGGGCACUCCAUCGAAUUCCACAAGGAGAGGCGCUUCCUGCUGGAUGGCGAAAGGGUGAGGCCACCUUACAAGUCACACGACGGCUUCCGUGUCUACCAGAAAUCCAGCAGCCUGUACCUGGAGACGGAUUUCGGCCUCUCGGUCACCUUCGAUGGGAGAGAAAACGCAGAUAUUAUCAUCCCCAGCCUGUAUAAGAGGAACGUCCUAGGCCUGUGCGGGAAUUAUGACGGAAGGUUCAGGAAUGACUUCACCUUGCCGGAUGGCACGCAGGCUUCCAGCCUGAAGCGCAGUCACCCGGCUCAAUUGCGGUGCCUCAAGUCUCGGUUCCGCUCAGCCGAAGCCAAGACCGAGAAUCGGGCGCAGGCCCGUCUUUCUCUACUGUCAGCCGCUCGGCGCAGCGGGCGUCAAGACUUUGGUGUGGACAACGGCGCUGAGCCCGAGACAGGACAUUUUGUUGACUGCAGUGCUGACCAGCUGACUGUAGUCAACAGCACGACUUACUGCGCAGCCAUUGUGGACCCCCAGGGGCCAUUCAGAGACUGCCACAAGAACAUCAAGCCAGAAACAUUUUACCAGUAA